CGUCGCCGACGACCCGUGGCGAAGCAGUUGUCGCCAAUAUGUACGACCCACGGCCUGGACUUGCUGCUAAUGGCAUACAGCCGAUUUUCCAAAGGGGUCCCCCAGACCAUACAGAACACGAUGGUAUUGUUGUUCAGCACAAUUGCUUUGGGAUCAGGGGUGCAUCGGGAGGUCCCCUUAUACGUUUUGACACUCACUGUGCUAUUGGUGUAUUUACCGGAACGACGUAUGGCAUUGGUGAGGCUGCUAGUACUGAAUGUGUGAGGCGGCUAUUGGGACGAUGGCUUGAAUCGAAUGGGGUUGGGAUCAAUGACACCGAUACAAUCCAGACAAGGCUUGACAAGUGUGCAGAAUUAAAUCUCUACUAGCUUUGCGGCAGUGGUUGAAACUGAAAUGAUGCUUGGUCGUUGUGUUGAGCAAAAAUUAAAUGAUACAACCUGGAGAAGAUAGCAAGCAAGAUAUGUGGUCGGUGCUAUACGAUCCUUGUGACCGUGGCUUGCAACGGAAAUCAUACUCUGCUUGUUUUGUAAUAAUAAUAUUAGGAUGAACCGCUUAAACUUGAAUUUGUGCGUUUGGCUCAACCGUUUGAGCUUUAUAAAGUCGUGCUGGCUGAACCUUGUAAUGUGCUGAAGCUAUCGUGAGUUUAUGUACUAGGACUAUAACGCAUUAGAACCUGUUGUGGUUAUUAUCUAUACUAGCACUACUGUAA